CGCGUUGUUUCUUAACGCCUUUGUGGCAUUAUGCAAGGGGGCGUCGAGCCGUUUUCUGUUUUAAGUUUAUUUAAAAUAGUUUCUUUUAGAGAAAGGUCGGCUAUCGGCUAACUUACCAGACCUCCCCCUUCACGUUUAUCAGCUGCGAGGCGAGCGUGUUUUGAAAGAAAUCGCGUCGUUUUCCGCGCUGCUGUGUGUAUUACACCGCUUGUGAAUGUUUUGUGGUGUAUUAUCGUGUUAUUUGUGUGAAUGUUUUGAUGGCGGGGUGCGGUAACACGGGCCUCGCGACGCGACGGUUACUUACCCUCGAUAUAUAUAUCGAGCUUUACACUUAAUAAUACACUUAGAUAACCGUUGACGUGCUGUUUUGUGUUCAUGGCCUUUAUCGUUUUGGUCAAUAUGCGGAACGUUUAGUUUUUCUUUCUUUCUUUUUUUUGUAACAUAGCGAUACAGAGCGAUGCGGUGUAACUUCCGGUCAAAUGAUACUUCCGCAGCUGUGUUUCCGGUUCAUGUUGACUACAGAAAUGAUGGCUGCCAUUCGUAAGAAACUCGUCAUAGUGGGCGAUGGAGCCUGUGGAAAGACCUGUUUGCUCAUUCUUUUCAGCAAAGAUCAGUUUCCCGAAGUCUACGUGCCAACAGUCUUUGAGAACUAUGUCGCGGAUAUCGAGGUCGAUGGAAAACAGGUAGAGCUUGCCUUAUGGGAUACGGCCGGACAGGAGGACUACGAUCGGUUAAGACCUCUCUCCUAUCCUGACACAGAUGUCAUCCUUAUGUGCUUUUCCAUCGACAGUCCCGAUAGCUUGGAAAAUAUUCCGGAAAAGUGGACGCCGGAAGUGAAGCAUUUCUGUCCGAACGUUCCCAUCAUCCUCGUUGGUAACAAAAAGGAUCUCCGAAACUAUGAGCACACGCGAAGGGAACUUGCCAAAAUGAAACAGGAGCCCGUGAAGCCAGAGGAGGGCCGAGACAUGGCCAACCGAAUCAACGCCUUUGGUUAUUUAGAGUGUUCAGCCAAGGCAAACGACGGCGUGAGAGAGGUGUUCGAGAUGGCCACCAGGGCGGCGCUGCAAGCAAGGAAACGGGGCAAAAAGUCGGGCUGUCUGCUGUUAUAGAAACCCGCAGAAGAGAGGAUGUCGGUCAACAGCCCAGGAGACUUCAGAGCGGGGAGGUGAGGGAUGAGGGGGACGAGCCCCGCAUUCACGUCCCCGGUACAGUCGGCGCAUCGGACGCAUACCGGGACGUCAAAACCCACGAGAGACCAACGGAAAGAAUUGGGAACGAGAUGACGUCAUUUCCCGUCAUCGCAACGUUUUCUGGUCACAUCAAGCAAAAAAAAAAAAAAAAAAAACCAAGACGUACAAUUUCUAAACGGACCGUAUACUUUGGAUAUUUUAUGUUAUUCUUCUCCUCCCACUCUUUAGUCCCGAACAGAAAAGGUGUUUAAUGAGCCUUCGGCGACCGCUUUGUUCACCGGACAGAUUGUAUGUAUGUUUGUAUAUGUAAGAAUAUGAAUGUCCGUGUCAAAUGAGCGCACGUCCGUCUUCAGGUCGCCAACUCUUCGUUGUAUAUGCGUGCAUCUGGCCGGCUUCAUUCUGUUUCGAUUAUUCCGUGCUCGCCUAAAGCACACACUGAACACUGAGGUGGGCUGUAUUGUGUUUAACCUCCCACUUCAGGCUUUUUCCUUUUUUUUUUUUUUUUUUUUUUUUUAUAGCUAAUGUCUCAAAGGAUUCUGGGCUGUACAUUAGGGAUCUAAACCAUUUAGCGAUACUGAUUUAUUUAAAGCAUACGUUUUUUUUUUAUCAUUUGCAUUUAGAAAUAAAAUUGAAAGAAAAUCAGA